AUGGGGAAGGACAGUAGUAGUAGUGUAGAUGCAAAUAGGAAGGGAACAAAGCAUCCUACCUAUGUAGGUGUGAGAAAGAGGAAGUGGGGAAUGUGGGUAUCAGAAAUAAGAGAGCCAAGGAAGGAGAAGAGGAUAUGGCUUGGCUCAUUCCCCACUCCAGAGAUGGCAGCUCGUGCACACGAUGCAGCUGCGUUUGCCUUAAGAGGGGAGUCAGCCAAUUUAAAUUUCCCUGACUUAAUACAUUCUCUUCCUUGCCCUGCAACUUCAUCUGCAACAGACAUUCAAGCGGCUGCAGUCGAGGCUGCAUACUCUUACUCUCAACAGCCAGUGGAACAAGAAGCACCACAGCUAUGCUCCAACACCAAGAAUGAUGAUGGUUUUCUUGAUCCAGAGGUGUUUCCAGAAAAUCAAUCUCAAUCGACUAAUACUGCAGUAAACCAAAAUGACAAGAAUAUGAUAGUGGAUUCAUGGCUGGAUUGGCCAAGCUUGCUAAUGAACAUUGCAGAUGGGGUGCUGAUCGGAUCAUCUCUCAUCUUUGAUAACCCAUUGAUGGGAGAAAAAGAUGGAGAUAAUCAAUUUACACCUCUUUGGGGUUUUAAUUAG